AAGCAUGUAUUUCAUCAAAUGAAAUGUAUUUUUUGGAGUUUUGUAUUGUAAGGAGCAUCAGAUGCGCUGUGUGACAUGUACGGUUACAACAUAUAAGCACAAAGAUGUUUCCAGGACAAAUAACUAUUCACACGGACAUCUUCACUCCUCGUAACUUUCAGGUGGAGCUGCUAGAUACGGCCAAGCAGAAGAACACGAUAGUAUGUCUCGACACGGGAACAGGAAAGACGUUCAUCGCUGUGAUGCUCAUCAAGGAACUUGCUCAUGACAUCCGACACCCUUGGGAAGAUGGAGCGAAGAGAACGUUCUUUCUCGUUCCGACUGUGCCUCUGGUGCAGCAGCAGGGAGGGGUUGUGGAGAGGCACACUGGCUUGAAGGUGGGGCAGUUCAUUGGUGCCAUGGGUGUGGAUCUCUGGAAGGAUGAGCAGUGGACUGAGCAGUUCAAGAAGUAUCCGGUGUUGGUGAUGACCGCACAGAUAUUCUUGGACAUUCUGCUGCAUGGCUUCCUCAAGCUGUCACGUGUCAAUCUCAUUGUCUUUGAUGAGUGUCAUCAUGCCAAGAACAACCAUCCCUACAAACAGAUAAUGAAGAUGUUUGACAUGUGUGCGUUCGAUCAGCGCCCUCGAGUGUUGGGCCUGACAGCCUCCGUCGUCAGUACCAAGUGCCAUCCAUCCAAGGUGUCAGCUUCUAUCCACCAGCUUGAGAGUGCUCUAGGUUGUACAGCUGAGACCUCUAGUGACCUAUUAGACAUUAGUAGGUAUGGAGCUCGACCUCACGAGUACGUUAUAUAUUAUCCACUGUCUGGAAAAGAACCGGCACGAAUGGAGAUAUUGAGUUUACUCGCCCGUAAUAUCCAGUUCUUGGAGGAUGCGAAACUGAAACUUGAAGAGAAACCAGAGGAUGAGAAAGUCCAAGAGCCACUGGUCAUCCCUAAAACAGUGCUACGAGAGACACAGUAUAUUCUCACUCACCUGGGACCAUGGUGUUGCGACAAGGUGGCACUUUGGUACAUACGUGACCUCGAAAAACUUCUGAAGAGGUUUGGAUACAUAGAGAUUAACCGAAUGUUCAUGCAGUACACACAGACAGUUCUGAGGACAGUUAGAAAACUGUGCCACGACUCUUACUUGAAGGAGCUAGUCGAUGGCGUCUCCCUCUUGAAGUUUGCAUCUCCCAAGCUCAGGCGUCUUGUCGAGAUAUUCGCUGAAUACAAGCCAAGUGAAGAAGAAGUAGCACCACCUAGUGAGGAAAAACCUAGCAGGAGGGACAGAGAGAACGAUGACAGCCUGUGUGGCAUUGUGUUCGUAGAGCACCGAUCCACUGCGAACGCAGUCUGCUCGUUCCUACGGGAGCUGAGCAACCGAGAUGCCAACCUCGGCUUUAUCAAGGCUGAAUUUGUGGUGGGGCACGGUACGCAGAGCGCCUCCAAGGAGUCCGUGAUGAGAUUCCGGCAGCAGGAGGAGGUGCUGAAGAAGUUCCGUAACCACGAGUCAAACUUACUGAUUGCUACAAGCGUUAUUGAGGAAGGAGUGGACGUCCCACACUGCAAUCUCGUCGUUAGGUUUGAUCUGCCUAAAGAGUAUCGCUCGUACGUUCAGUCGAAGGGUCGAGCGCGGAAGUCUGGAGCCAGGUUUGUAAUGCUGAUUCCAGAGGGUGACAUGGACGAUUUCCGGAACGACCUGAAAAACUACCAUGCUACUGAGGAAAUUCUGCUAAGUCAGUGUCAGGAUCGCCAGCAACCCACAGAAGAGGAUAUUGACGCUAGUUUGGCAGAUCAAUAUCUUCCUCCCUAUAUGCCAGUGAAGGGAGAUGGGCAGGCAAGAGUCACAAUGUCCUCAGCCAUUGGACUUGUGAACAGGUACUGUGCACGUCUGCCGAGCGAUGCGUUCACGCACCUGACACCGCUGUGGAAGAUUCGGAGGGUGAACGUGGACGGCAAGAUGCCUCUGGUGGAGUGUACACUCCACCUUCCCAUCAACUCCCCUAUCAAGUACUCCAUCACAGGCGAACCGAUGCCAACUGUGAAGCUAGCAAGAAUGGCCGUUUCACUGAAGACCUGCAUGAAACUGCAUCAGGCGGGCGAGCUUGACAAUCAUCUGCUGCCGGUCGGCAAGGAAGCCAUGAAGUGUGAGAUAGAGGAGGAGAUAGAGGGUGAGGAGAUAGCAGAUGGCAUGCCGCGCCCGGGAACCACUAAGCGUCGGCAGUACUACUACAAGCAGAUAGCCGAUGCCUUAAAGGGCUGUCAUCCCACACCAGGUGAGCACUGCUUUCUCUACAUCAUCAGCAUGGAGCUUUCACGCCCAAUUACUGAAGAACAAAACACCAGAGGUCGUGAAAUCUACCACCCUGAAGACACACCGCAGUGUUUUGGAAUACUAACAAGCAAAGAAGUAUUGCAGCUUCCAGAGUUUCCCGUAUACACGCGGUCAGGGGAGGUGAGUAUCUCCAUUGAACUCGUGGCUUCCGAAUUCACUCUGAUGGAGGAGCAACUGCAGAGACUCUCAUUAUUCCACUACUUCACAUUUUCCUCCGUGCUGCGACUGGACAAGCCUCCCAUGCAAUACAACCACACAUCUGAUGACUGUGCCAGCUACAUUGUUGUACCUCUUAACAUAGACAAUGAAUGCGGGUACAGCAUCGACUGGCAGUUCAUAGAACACAUCGCAUCCUACCAGAGCAAGCCACGUGUGCUGCCCUCUCAGCGGCAGACGAAGUUCGAGUUCGAUCCCGAUCAGUUCCACGAGGCGGUGGUGUCACCGUCGUACCGCAACCUCGACCAGCCUCAGUACUUCUACGUCGCCGAGAUACGAAGAGACCUCACCCCUCUCAGCAGCUUCCCCUCAGACAACUUCCCGACGUUUUCCGACUACUUCAGCAAGAAGUACAGCAUAGCCAUCAGCAGCAUAGAGCAGCCGCUGCUGGAUGUUGAUCACACGUCUGCUCGUCUCAACCUGCUCACCCCCAGGUACCUCAACCGCAAGGGCAUGGUGCUUCCGGCGAGCGUGCCGGCCGAGAGCAAGAAGACGAGCCGCGACGACCUGCAGAAGAAGCAGCUGCUCGUGCCGGAGCUGUGCGACGUGCACCCGUUCCCGGCGCCGCUCUGGCGCAAGGCCGUCUGCCUGCCCUGCAUCCUCUACCGCAUGAACUGCCUGCUGCUCGCCGAACAGCUGCGUGUGCGCGUCGCCAAGGAGGCGCGCAUCGGACUCGUCCAGCUGCCGGAUGGCUACCGGUACCCCAGGCUGGAUUUUGGUUGGCAGCUGUCAGAAGUAAAGGAGGAAGAGGAGGAGGAUACAUCCGAUGGAGAAGCUGAUGAUGGUGCCGAGGAGGAAGAGGAGGGGGAGCUAGAGAUUACAGUUUGGAGAGCUGAAGAUCAUCACAUGGAUGAGAUAAAUGCUACUCAGAGCAGUUUUACGAUCCCUGAGGUGUACCCAUACGACGAUGACUACGUGGUUACGACGAGGAGUACUGCUACAGGGAGUCAUCGUCAACUAUCGCGGUCUCUUCAACAAGUCGGACGGCUUCUUCACAAACCUCGGAAGGCAUCGUUCGAUUUAGAAAACCAUCCUGCAAGCCCAUGCAUGAUUCUGCAGGCGUUGACUAUGUCGAAUGCUAAUGACGGCAUCAAUCUGGAAAGGUUGGAGAUGAUCGGCGAUUCGUUCCUGAAGCAGGCGAUCACGGUUUACCUGUAUAUGACGUACCCACAUGUCAACGAGGGCAAACUGUCCUAUGCACGCAGCAAGCAGGUUAGCAACUUGAAUCUGUACCGCCUAGGCAAGAAAAAGAAUCUAGGCGAGAUCAUGGUCGCGACCAAGUUCGAACCGACCGACAACUGGCUCCCUCCUGGCUACUACAUUCCCGACAACAGGGAGAAGAGUAUGCCGGACGUGCGUCCGAUCGAGGGACUGGGCCAGUUGGCCAUCGCUGACGAGGAGCAUGGUGCACACGCGGAGGUAGCUGAGGCAGCUGUGGGACGGACCGACGACCCUAGCACGCAGGAACUGACAGAGAUGGGGAGGCAACAGCAGGAGUUCCACGCUGAGCUGGAGAAGAGGAGAGAGGAGAGAGAGAAGGAGGAGGAGGUUGUGGAAGCCGAGGCGGCGUUCAUCCCGUAUAACCUGCAGACCCAGCACAGCAUUCCCGACAAGAGCAUUGCCGACUGCGUUGAGGCACUCAUCGGCUGCUACCUGAUUGAGUGUGGACCACGAGCUGCCCUCAUGUACAUGUCCUGGUUGGGACUGAAGGUUCUGCCAAAGCCAGAGGCAGGAGUUGAACAGCCCAAGUCACCUCUCAUUCCCCAUCCUAAUGCUGAGCAGCUACUAAACUUCUAUCUGGAUGGAUUUGACAAGUUUGAGGAACACAUUGGAUAUACGUUUAAGGACAGGUCUUAUCUUCUGCAAGCAUUCACCCAUGCCUCCUACCAUUACAACACGAUCACCGACUGCUAUCAAAGGAUAGAAUUUUUAGGUGAUGCUAUUCUCGACUACCUCAUCACAAGACACCUUUAUGAAGAUCACAGGCAGCACUCACCUGGCGCUCUCACUGAUCUACGCUCUGCUCUUGUCAACAACGCCAUAUUUGCAGCCCUGGCUGUGAAGUUUGACUACCACCACUACUUCAAGGCAAUAUCGCCAGAUCUCUUCCGUGUCAUCGACAAAUAUGUGAAAAUGCAGAAGGAGAAAGAGACUGCUGGUUGUGACGUUGUGUUCACAGAUGAGGACUUGGAGGAGGGAGAAGAAGUGGAGACGCCUAAAGCUUUGGGUGAUGUGUUUGAAUCGGUAGCUGGCGCCAUCUAUCUGGACAGUAAUAUGUCUCUCAGCACAGUAUGGCGAGUCUACUACCGCAUGAUGAAACCAGAGAUCGAUCACUUCACUGCAAAUGUUCCCAAGUCUCCCAUCCGAGAACUGUUGGAAAUGGAACCAGAAAACACAAAGUUUGAGAAACCAGUUAGGCUUAGUAACAAGGUGCGAGUUGAGGUACACAUCUUCCACAAGGGCACCUUCACGGGCAUAGGACGCAACUCACGCAUCGCAAAGUGCACUGCAGCCAAGCGGGCGCUGCAUGCUCUCAAGGAACUGAAGCGGCAGGAAGGAGCGAACACGUGAGUCCGCGGAGGAGUGUGCACGCCCGCAAGAACAAAUGAAGUAGCACUGUAUUUACGUGAGGAGAAGGAGGAGGAGGAGGAGGAGCACCACUAUACUACCAACUAGUACUGAGUCCUAGACUCGCUCUAAUUGACAAGAUCUUCUGACAAGAUUUGCACGCAUGCUUAGAGAUAGCAGAUCAAGGCCAGCACACAUUGCAAGCAUUGCAACUUCUAAGGAUUGCCAGAGUUUUUUUAUGAAUUUUUUUUUUUUGCAUUUUAUGUCCUGUAUUUGUUCCACAUUAGCAUUGCGACGGGAAGUGCAUAAGUCGCAUGGAAAGUGGUCUCCUAUUAUUGCUUGCCAUUAUAAAAUUGGUACAUUUCAUAGACAAUACUGGAAAGAAAAAUCUAGGAGAAUCCUACAGAGCAAAGUUUGGUACACCAUAUAUUAAAAUAGAUACCAUGAUGCAGGCAAGGGCAUGAACUAGUUUCUCUUAUUUUAAUCUCAUGGACACAAAUUGUCUUUUAAAAUUGAAUCUUUUUUCAGUUAAAUUAGGAUUUAUUCAUGCUUCAUAACCUUUGCUAUCAGUGAGUGGUAACUAAAGAUCUGAGAAUAUGUUGAAAGCUCCAAUGGCCUUCCCUGCGGCUGUGUAACAUGGUUGAACAUGUUUUAAAGUCCUAGUCUUGAAAUUCACAGAGGCAGUCUGUUGCAGCAUCUAGCUCUUAGCACCUGCUUUGUGAACUGGCCUAUAGAUCAUAUGCUUGUAGAUUAGCUGUUAGACUCAUUUGUUAUCAGUUGGGUAGGAUCACGCCAAUAUAAACAGUUUUUAAUACUUUGUGAAGUGCGCGACAUCUAUGGAAGUAUAAUAAUGCAAUGCAAGUUUUAAUGCCAAUGAAACGAGACCAUGUAAUAGUUUUCCUCAUUUAAUCGCUAGACGUUUUACUAAUCCAAAAUAAGGUGUUGUUGCAAAACUGGAAUUGCACAGAAAAAGUUACUGGUUAAAGUACAGUCACGUUCUCACAGUCUUACACGGGGUCUCAACAAUACAAGAUUCUCCUAUACGAAGUAUGUCAGAAAAAUCAUUUCCUAAUGAAGACGAAAAGUCGUUGCGGUGAAAUCAUGCAAAGCUAAUCCACGUUAAGCGAGGCGUGACUGCAUUUACACACUUUUGGAAAUAUUGGACACUCUUAAACGGUGCACAUAUUUGUUUUUCUUCAAACAAGAAUCGGUGAUACUAGGCCAAUAAUACGUUUGCACGUGUUUGGGUCCCUCUUAAUAAAUGAGCGUUGUUAUAUACAUAUAUUCUUUCGUGUGGGUGAGGUUCCAACAUACUUGCGAACGUUAUUGGAUGGUUGCUAACAGAGAUGUGCGGAGUCUGAUGUGCGGAUGUGCGGAUGUGCGGAUGUGCGGAUGUGAGAUGUGCGGAGUCCUCUAUGUGUGAUUAUAAUAAUGUCACAAACGCAACACUAACUUGGGCCUUCAUGUACGUUUAGCUAUUUUAGUUUGGCCAGCUGUUAAUAUAGAGAUAUUUGUGAAUGCAAUUAGGAUAGCAAAGCUCUAUUAAAAGCUUCUGGUAUUAUAACAAAUACGUUGUGUAUUACUAAAUUGAUGAUAUUAACGAGCCCGUUUCAAAUAUCAUGUCAGAUCAGUGCUAACAUUAUUCCGAUUUUUUCUGGAAAAUUGGUUUUAAUGAUAGUGCUUUUGGCACAUGCUGUGAUAAUGCAAUAGUUUGCCAGCAGUUACUGUUCAUCGCCCAUCUAAUUACCUAUGUGAUAAUACAUAUUGUGCUUGACAUCCGAGUGUUCAUAUUAACUUACAUUAUAGUUUAUUCAAGUCGUGUUUCAGACUUAGUAGUGCAUACCAUAAGGGUAGAUAGUAAGCAUAUAAUUUGGUGGUAGUGGUGGUUGUUCUGCGCGCGGUGGUGUGGUGUUAGUGAUGAUGAUAGUUUUCGUUUUUUUAGUUGACGUUUUCGACACAGUCAGCUCGUGUUUUUUAUUUGUGAACCAUCGUCUAUGUUAAAAAACGUAGGAAGAGAUGUUGUUGGCUGUAUACGUGUUUACUAUUCAUGGUCUAACGGAGAUACGCUGUAUAUUUCGCGGUGGAAUAAUUUUCGCGAAUUUCGUGAACGCGUCCCCGUCCGCGAAAAUAACAACACG